UACACAUAUGUCGCUGGUGCUCGCGACCGCCGCCGCGCUGCGCGUGCCAGCCUCUUGCCCGGCCGAGCAGCGGCCCUUCCCGAGCCGCCAUCGGCCGCCACGCGCUGCGCCUCGCCUGUGCGAUCUCCCGCAGCGGCCUCGCGGCAAGAGCGACGGCUUCUACGUCCGGCCUUCAGCGGCGGUCGAGAAGGGUGGUGCCUUCUUCGUGCCUGGCCUGGAGGGCUUCCGGCUGAAGCUGCUGGCGGCGAGCGUGCUCGGCCUCGCCCUCGUCGCCAACCGCCUCGCCUCGCCCGGCGAGCCCGCCUCUUCGCAGCUCGUCUCCGAGGCGCUCGGGGCGGCGGCGUGCGCCCAGCUGCUGUCGCCGCCGAGGCGCAGGCGGGGCGGGACGAGGCGGCGGAGGAGCCUGCCGCGAUCUGCGGCGGAGCAGGCUCGCGCCCUCGCGUCAGCGCGGCUGUCGGAGCGGCUUGAGGUCUCUCCCGCCCUCGACGCUUCCCGCUCGAGCCGCGCGCAGUGGGCCGCGGCCACUCUCCUCCGCCAGACGGCGGCGAGCGCCGUCGCGCUGUACGCGCUGCCGGGAGGGGCGGCGGGCGGCGGCGGCGCGCGCGCGGCUCCCCUCUUCGGCGGCGCUACCGAGCGGAGAGGCGCUGGCGGCGUCGCUCGCAGAGAGUGGCGGCCUGUACGUGCCCGAGGCGGCCGUCGCCGCGAAGGACCUCGCGCUCCCGCAGACCGCCGGGUCCGCGGUGCUGCAGCGAUGCGGCGACGACGCGGUGCUCGUCGCCGUCUCGGAGCGCUCCGACGCUUUCGACGAGCGGCAGAGGGAAUGGGUCGGCCGGGUGGCGGCGUUGCUCGCCUCGUAGCGCGGGGGAGGGUGGUUUCGUGGUCCCGGACAACGGACAUGACUCACAACGCCGCGCAUGGUCCAUGUGGACGAUGGACAGAGUACUCGACCCAGUAUAUCACACAUGAAACCGUAGAGAGGUGUAUCGACGUCACAUGGGCGGGGCCAUGCUCCUUUUAACCCAUCUCCUGAGAGAGGUGUCUGUUUUUAUUAGUUUAUGUAUAAUAUAUGUGUUU